AUGCAUCACAGUCAGUUUGCGCUUUUUUCCUCGAUUUUCCCAGAGUCGCUUCUUUCCUCCCUCCAAGCGUACGUGGACUGCCGCAAGGAGAAGGAAGUGUUGACGCAACUUUUGGCAGAUAGCCACGAGGCCCUCUGCUUGCGGAUUGCCUCUCCUGGGGAAGCAAGAAGAGUGGGAGAAGAGAGAGCCUGCAGCCUUCCUCGAGGAAGCCCGACGAGGCCUCUGCGGGUCGCGUCUGGCGGCGAAAGAGACACCGACGAGACACAGUCAGAGGAAGAGAACGAGCACGGCUCUCGCCAGCAGAGCCGGUCCAGCAAGGACGCAGAAGACGAGGACGCGCUCCCCGCCUUCCUCACGGACGACCCCGACUGGGUGUCUGUACACCUGGAGGCGUGCAGGAACGAAGAACUGUUUCUCACGGACUUUUACUUGAAUCGAGGAGCUCUGCGUCAGGGGCUGGCUGAGGUCAGAGAGGCGUGCAGUUCGACAGGGCGGGAGAAAGAGAAGACGAACUCCCAAGAGGAACAGAAAGACAAAGAAACUUUCUUCCUCACCGACCCCGAAGAUGACGAACUGGCUCUCCAGGGCGACGCCGUCCUCGAAAUUCAGGCGGGAGUCGGCGGCGAAGACGCGGCGCUCUUUUCUCGACCCGACGCGUUCCGGUUUUUGUCUUUGGAGGCGGGGAUUCACCGCGUUCAGCGCGUGCCGCCCACCGAGGCUCGUGGCCGCAUGCAGACUUCCGCCACUGCCGUCACAGUGCUUCCCCGAAGCAGCAACCUCGAGGAUAAAAUCGACCUGUCGCCUCCGACGCUAAAGAUCGACUUUAUGAGGGCGAGUGGCCCCGGCGGCCAGAGUGUGAACAAAAGCGAGACGGCGGUCCGGAUCACGCACAAGCCGACAGGGGUGUCUGUACACUGCAUGCGGACACAGAGCCAGACUGAAAACAAGAAUUUAGCGCUGGAGCUUCUCAGGGCGCAGCUUCUCCAGCAGAUGAUGCGGAAAGCUUCAGAAGAACGAGGAAGAGCCAUCGACGCCCAGAAAGGAUCGAAAGACAGAAGUGAAAAAAUCCGCACCUACAACUUCCAGAGAGACGUCGUUACUGACCACAGAUGCCGCAUGCAUGUGAACGGGGUGGAGGAUUUCCUGGACACGUCUGACGGUUUGGGCGCGAUUCUCGACGUCCUGAGACGCCAGCGAGAAGACGCGCAGCUGUCCGUGUUGUUGGCCGAAAUCCGCACCACUCUGAGGAUGCUUCGAAGCUCGAGAGACAGCCGACGAGCGUGA